AAAAAAAAAAGACUUUUGUUUAUCUUUUAUCCUUGUUUAUUAAUUCAUUUUCAACUAUAUUACAACAUGUGGUUAUUCUUUCGUAAGACAAGAAAAAUUCGUAAGAUUUCAAUGAGCUUUCCAAUUGUACGUGAAUCUUUUAUUAUUUGAGUUUCAUAACCUCCUCUAUUUUGUUUUUGAAUAACGAAAAUUUACAUAUUUAGAGCUAAAAGAAAAUAUAAAAAUUAAUAAUAACUUGUGGCAUUAUUGAAAAUAAUUUUAUAAUUAUAUAGUCAUGAAAGAAGUUGAUAAUUCUACAGUUAAAAAAGAAGAGGAAAUUGUUGGCAAUGGAGAAACAAUCUCUUCUAUGGAGUCAUCGGCUAAAGAAAAAUUAAAAGGCUGGUUAAAUCGUCUAUUUCGUAUAAAAAUGACAGACGGUCGUGUUUUAACUGGAGCAUUUUUAUGCACUGAUCGUGAUGGAAAUGUUAUAUUGGGUUCCUGUACAGAAUAUCUUUCCGAGGAACAUAAAAUGACAGAAGCAAGAACUUUAGGUUUAGUUAUGGUGCCAGGUCGACAUAUAGUAACUAUUCAAUUAGAUGCUUAAAUUGUGAACAAAAAAAAAAUUAAUUCGAAAAAUUAGUGCUUUAAUUAUUUUGAAAAUAAUGUUUAAAGCUAAUAUUUCUCUAAAUCAAAACAAAAAACAAAAAAAUUAUUACCAAAAAUUCACGCAUUUGAGGAAAAUAAAAUUCAAUUAGCUUGACAUUAAUCUUUGUACCGCCAUAGAAUUAAAUAAUAAUAAUAGUAAUAAUAAAAAGUGUUAUAACAAAAA